UAACCACGGCCGAGACGUUUUAUUCUCUAUGUAUAUAAUUUUCUUUUGGCCGGAUUUACCUAACUUUGGUAUAUCAGUUUGUCUCAAAAUUAGUAUAAUAAGCCUUAUGUGUGUAUGAAUAAAACAUUAAUGUGUGUAUGAGUGUGUGUUUAUUGGUGAAGUGUCGUUUGUCGUAAAUAAUGUGCAGAGAUGAUUGGAUUUUCCCAUGAAUUCUGAUAAACAUAAAAAGCGCGCGAGCGCAGGUUUGCUGGCGCCUCAGCUGACCUGCCAAUCAACAUCCACCAACACUGCCGCGUCAGCACCACCCCUCCCCGCGCCCGCGUCGCCCCCUCGCAUCGUCUCCGCCCCGCCUGCUCCCCACGCCCCUCCCCCACCAGACCCCGUACCUCAACCUGACCAAGAAGAUGGCGUCAGAUUACGACGAGCCCAUACAGUACGGGACUACCUUAAAAGAGAGACGAAGACUUUUUUCGGUGUGGAAAAGGAUAACGAGAGGGAACAAAGGCGGUUAUGGCACGAAAGGCGGAGAAGGCAUGCGGCGCGGGCGCUCGGGGAUCUCCGGCUUGACCUGCCGCCCGACCAUCACCCUGACGAUGAUGAUGUUAGUAUGUACGGAGCGUCAGGUGCCGCCCCCAGAGAGGCGCGGGGGCGGGUGCGCGAGCGGCCCGACGUAUUGCCUGCGCCGGCGUCGCUCGAGGAGCCGGUGCUUCGCUCGUUACCGGGCAAGGACAGCGUCGCGCGGCUCACCCUCACUGGGAUCUCUUAUGUUGUAACGGCUGUGACGAGAAGGUCUCGGCAGUCGAUAUCGGCGCACUGGUCGCGCUCGUUCCGCGGGAGCGCCACCACGCCGGCUGACGACGCGGACGUCGAUGACGUGUUCUUUGCGCCACCGACCUCUUCCACGCCACUCAACCUGCAUCAUGAUGAUGGUGAUGCGACUGAUGGACCUAAGGGGGCUCGUUCUCCUAUUGGCUCCAGCGGUGUAGAAUACAGAAGACCGGAACGAAAUGUGUCAUGGAGUGCGGGCGGGUCUCGGAUACCAUCGCCACUGUUGGAGCCCCUCGCUGACAACUCUAACAGGAGGCAGUGGGGUACCGGCCCCGUCGGCAGAUUCUUUCAGCGUUCCCUUCACUCCGUGACGUCACAUGAUGAAGUCCCGCGACACCAAGACGAGUACACGGACUACCGGCCGUACUUCACGUGGUGGGUCAGCACCGUGCAGACCCUGGUGUUAUUUCUGUCGCUACUGUGCUACGGCUUCGGGCCCGUCGGCUUCGGCCGGUAUACACACGCUGGCCAAGUGCUGGUCAAAACAUUAAGUUUACAACAGGUGGAAUGGGAGGAGCCAGCGUCAUUUUGGCUAGGUCCUCGGGCGGCGGACCUGAUACACUUGGGAGCAAAAUUCGCGCCUUGCAUGAGAAGGGACGCGAGGAUAGCGCGCGCCAUAGCGGCCCUAGCAAGACGGGAAAGGGACACCGCGUGCUGCAUACGAAACGAUGACUCGGGCUGCGUGCAGUCAUCUAAGGCUGAUUGUUCGAAUACAAUAUCAACAUGGAAGAAAUGGUCUUCUGGUGAAUCUGGGCCUGGUGGUCGGAUAUCAGGGUCUGUUUGUGGAUUAGAUCCCAAAUUCUGUGAAGCGCCUCGGUCGAUAGCACCGCACGAGUGGCCAGAUGACAUAACAAAAUGGCCGAUUUGCCGCAAAUCUGUCAUAGACGGGUCAGCGGCUGCCGGUCGCGCUGGGCACGCGGCGGAACACAUGGCCUGCGAAGUCAUCGGGCACCCUUGCUGUAUAGGAAUUCACGGGCAGUGCGUGAUCACCACGAGGGAACAUUGCGAUUUUGUUAAGGGUUAUUUUCAUGAAGAAGCGUCCUUGUGUUCUCAGGUUUCGUGCCUAGACGAUGUCUGCGGAAUGCUGCCGUUUAUGAAAAGACGUCGUCCAGACCAGUUGUAUCGUGUAUGGACGUCUUUAUUCGUCCACGCCGGCCUUCUUCAUCUAGCUGGGACGCUAGCUCUGCAGUGGCUAUUCAUGAGGGAUCUGGAGAAAAUGGCUGGACCAGUCCGGAUUGCCUUCAUUUACCUCGGCAGCGGCGUGGCUGGAAACAUGGCGUCUGCUAUAUUCGAACCCUAUAGAGCUGAGGUGGGGCCAGCAGGAUCACAUUUUGGUCUCCUUGCAUGUUUGAUAGUAGAAAUACUAGCAAUAUGGCCAAGACUGAGACAUCCACAAUGGGUGCUGAUGAAGAUGAUCGGCAUUGCAUUUGCUCUCUUCCUGGCAGGCUUCUUGCCGUGGGUGGACAACUUCGCGCAAGUCUUCGGAUUCGCGUUCGGGUUUCUGCUGUCGUACGCUUUACUGCCAUUUGUGACUAUAGGGAGGUACGAGCGGCAGAGGAAGAAGGUGUUAGUGUGGGUGUGUUUAGUAUUAGCAAUGGUGAUGUUGGGGGCUCUGGUGGCGAUCUUCUACGCGGCGCCGGCAUACGAGUGUACGGCGUGUGCGUAUUUCACUUGUUUGCCGUUCGCGCCGGACAUGUGCGCGUCGCAGGACGUCCGCGUGCGGCAGCUGGACGGGGUAUGACGGCGCGCGGCCCGGGCGCCCCCGCCGCCGCGACCCCGCCCCGCGCCCCCCGCGUGCCCCGCCCGCCGCCCGCGCCGCGCCGCCGCCUGAUGCCCCACCACACCCCGCCACCCCGCCACCCGCGCCGCCCUACAUACAAUUUAGGAUUACGUUAAACUUAAAAAAAAAAUGUUUUCAAAAAUUGAAUAUCAAUAAAUAUUGAGACAAAGGAAAGUUUUGUUUUGUAUGGCUAGUGUAAAGUGAUGGUUGAGGCAUUUUAAAAACUACAAUUAAAUUCAGUCAAUAAUCAUUUCGUUUUGUAAAUAAGUCAUUCUUUUUAUGAUAUAUAUUAUUGAUAUAUGACGUUUCUAUAUAUUUCAGUCAAAGUAAAUACCUACGUAUGUAUGAUGAUAGAUUGGGUAAAUACAGCGUAAGAAGGUGAAUAUUUUUAAAUACCUUUUGAAAUUAACACCUGCUGGUAUUAUUGGUUUUCAAUUAAUUUAUUUUUGCGCAGUUUAGGUACCCCAUAAAUUGUUACAUACCGAAAAUUAUUAUUGUUUUUGUUAAGAGAAAAAAAAACUAAAUUAAUUAUAAUUACCAAGCGUAGCCAUAUAAAGAACGAGCAGUUUUUUUUACAAAGGUAAUGUAUCUAAAUACCUACCCCACUCAUACAAUUUGUGUUUAAAAAUGGUUCAUAAAAUUAUGACCUGCCAAAAUGCUCUGUAUUAUAGUUUUUAAAUGCCUAAACCAAUAAAGUCUUGGAACUUAAAAGGAAGAAAUGAAAAAAGAAAUGCAUGUUGAUUAUUAUGGCAUAAUCAACAGUAGAAAAGUUAACAAAAUUUUUUUUUUUCAAUUAAGUAUCAAAACAAAUAUUCUUAUUAAUUUGAUUGAUAUUAUCAGAUCCGAUAAACCAUAAUGUAAAUAUUCUGUAAAUUAUAAUCAUGUAUUUAAGUGAGCUGUAUUUAAGUGUGGCUAUACUUGUCUGCGUGAGCUACGGGGGCUGUGUCUUGUACAACAUAAAAAUUGUUAAAUAUUUAGGCCAGUAUUAAAAUUGAUUUACAUGAAUGUAUAAAGUUAUACUUUUUAAAGUUGAUGUUCCUUGUAUUGGAGGACGCCAAUAUCGUAAUGUAUCUAUAUUAAAUUAAUUUUAUUCCCAAAAUAUUUAUGUAAUCGAUAUUUAUUGAAAAAUAAGUAAGUAUUUCUAAAUACCCUUUGUGAACUGUCUAGCGAUAAUUUGAAAAUUGUUUAUGAUUAAUUCUUAUGUUUGUGGUUUGCCUUAAAUACGUCUUAAAUCAUUUUUGUGUCUUAAAUAAAUAAACACUUGAUUAUUUAAAUUUAUUGUUCUGUCGCUAAACAACGAUUUUAAAUGUAAUAAUUUAUAAACAAAAUAAUUUAUAUGAGCACCAAUGUGUAAUAUUUUAAUUUCGUGUAAAAAUUCUAAGCUAUUUAUUUAAUAGUUGUACAGACGGCUCCCGUAUGGUGUCAAAUAAACAUAAUUUAGUAUAUUACUAAAUAAUGUAUAUAUAGAAUCUACUCACUUACCUAUGUUUAAUGAUAUAUUUGGUAUUUUCAUCAAUUUCGUUCACCGCAUAUAAACGAAUUGUCUUAAAAACUUAUUAUAUCACUUUAAUAAGUAUAAUUUUGUCAAUUUUCUGAUAGAAAUAUGUGAAAAAUAUCCGUACAAUUAUAUUGCAGAUUGUAAAAUAAUAUGUGUUGGUAAAUGAGAUGAUUUUUUAAAUUAUGCCGUUUUUUCACAACUAUACAAAUAUUUUUUUACGUUAAUAUUAAUUUCUUGAAAUAUUACUGUCAUUGGAAAGUUCCACAUAUUUCUGAUCAUUAUUAUAGUUGUAUGAUGAAGUCUGUGUAGGUUUGUAUAAUUAUUUUAUAUUAUGCUAGUGAUAUCUAAUACAGUUACAAUUUAGGAGUAUUAUUUUAUUACAGACACAGUAUAGAAGAAGCGAUGGUCUUAUUUAAAGCAACUUAAUAAUUUGUAAUUGUAUUACCUAGUCAUCUUAAUAAGUUUUUAAAUGUAAAUAUUUACUUCAUUUAAAUUGAUAAUUGUCAAUGAACGAAGAAUGGGAUGCUGUUAAUAGUUAUUUUAUCCAGUGGAAAGCUUAUAAAAAGGAUGUUAAUGAAAAUUUUAUACAAAUUAAACAGGCACAAACGCAUAUAGGUAUAAUAAAUAAUUAUUCAGUACCUAAAUAUAAACUAUAAAAAAGAUAAAAGUUGUGGAAAUGUGCGUUGAUGAAAAGCUUUGUUUUUGGUGAUUUGCAAACGUUAUCAUUGGCUACCCAAUAAAUAAUUUAUCCUAUUAAACAUAAUUGUAAUUAAGUAAAAACAUAUUUUUAUAUUUUUUUUCUGUUAGGUAAUUCAGUUUGAACCAUUCAAUAAUCAUAUUUGAAAAUUUGAAUGCAUACCUGAGUAUAAGUACUACAUUAAUUUUUGAAUUCCACAAAUAACCCUGCUCUUUUCUCUCUUCCCUACAAAAUGGGUCAAGUUGGCAGCAGCUUCAUGACAUUACUUAUAAAAUAAGUGUUAGUUUUAGUAUCGGAAAAUUGAAAUAUUUUACUAUUGAUUUGAUCGAAUUUAUAUGUAAAAAUUUGUUGAACUUCUUCAAAUAUCAUUAGGAACUUUAAUUAGUUAUUUCGGAGAAUUCAUGAUUUUUACGAUAAAUUACUUGUUUACUCAUUAUUAAAAUUGAUUUAUAUCCAAAAAAAUGUUAUUGUGGAGGAACCAAAUAAAUAUAUUUUUUUUAUUUUAAUGUAUAUUUAAAAACUUCCGUUUCAAUGUUAUUAAACCAAACACGGGUAUACAACCUGUCCAAUCCAAACUUUGAGUUAUAUUAUCAGGAAAAACGUAAACGAUUAAAGCCACAAUCCUGCCUGAUGUAGGGAGUUUAAUCGACAAAUGGCAAUGUAUAAAAAUAUCUCUUGACAAUCUUAUAAUAUGAAUAAAAAAUAAAAGGUCAUUUGUUAAAAAAUUAGACCCAGAAACUGACACUGCCUGUAAGUUAUCUCGUGAUAAUGUUAUUUGUAUUUAUUUGUUGUUACAAUUUUUGCAACCACAUUUAUUUAAUUAAAAUCUUUGUGCAUCUAGUAAUAUUUAGUAUUUAUUAUAAAGAGUGUAAUUGCAUUCAGUAUUUAUUAAAUGUGACGGUUCUUGACGACUUUCUUUGUUAAUUUUUUAUGAAAAUACACAUCAGUCACAUAUAUUUUUGUAUAAAAAAGUAUAAGAAUUUCAAUUGAAAUAUCUUGAAAUUGACUAUUUUAAAAACAAUUUUGGCAAUAACCAAAAUUGUUUUUGUAACCCAAAUAUGUAUUAUUUUGGUUUAAAAUUAUUUUUUUAAAAUAGGUAUUUACGUUACCAUCAAAGAUGAAAGUGUUACUUAAAUAACAUUAUAGAAUGUGGACCCAUAAUUUCAACACAUUUUGAAAUCGACAUACCUACCUAUAUUCCGUCGAACAUCUAUUUCACGUGUAAAUAAAACCUUCCUUAUUUAUCAUUUCGUAUCUGAAUAUGUUAUCAAUGACCGUCAUGUUUCGUAUUUAUCUGAAUCAGAUCUCAUCAAGUGCAGUGCGUGGUAUGAAUGUGAAGUAAUGACGUAUCCAUUGCUACCUACUUAUUUGGGGUUUGUUACUGUUUUACUAUUUUUGAACAUCGAACACAUUUUUAAAUGAAUGCUUGCCAGUAUUUACAGAACAUUCUGGUAAUUUCUGUUUAAUAGUUUUCUAAAUAUGUUCGAUAUUCAAAAUGUGUCGUUACAGACUCACCUUUACUUUCUUACUAUCCAGCGAUUGAAGUGCUCUUGCGGCCGGCGGCCGGCGGACUGUCUCAGGUUAAAUCUAAGAAAAACUUACAUAUUGUACAUUGUGAACAUACACUUAAUUAAUAUAUUCAUAAGCAAAUGGUAAAGUAAUCUUAUUGUAAACUAGUAAUAAUCGAACAAGAAACCUUAUUAUCAUAAUA